AUCAUAUGCGAUAUGCAACCACGUGAUGAAUGAAUGUCAUGGCGCACGAAUAUCAUGAUACGAUAUAUCCUUCUGAAUCGUAUUCAGAGAAUACGCAUUAAAAAUUGGAGAUUGGAAAUAUUGGAAUAUUGGAAUUCGACUAAUCAGAAAAAGAGCUAAAAUUUCUUUAUUCUGAUUGUUAGAUUUUUAUCUUCAACCUCAAUUUUCAAUAUUUAAUACAGACUUACAGACUUUACCUGAAGCUGUCAUUUAAAAUUGAGUUUAAAAACUAAUUACGCCAAAGUCUAUGAUAGCCUUGAUUAAUUAAUGAUAAUUCGCAUUUGUAAUAUUCAAUGGAAUUGCAACUUCAUGAUGCAAAAACAAGCAUGUUGAUCCAUCACUCAGGAUCAUUGAAGGAUUGCUUAAAUUGAUAUACACAAGAUGUUACGUAAAGGUGCAUGUCAAAUAACUAGCUCGAUUCAUUCGAGUUCACGUGCGGAAAUAUAUGAUAUUCCAAUGAAUGUAAUUAUUAGACCUUUUCCUGCCGUUGUAAAUGAAGAAAAAGUUGAAAGUUUAAUGAAUUCAUUGAAAAAUAUCGAUACUGAGCACACAGUACCGCCGAUCGAUGUUUUAUGGAUCAAAGGAACUGAAGGUGGUGACUAUUAUUAUUCUUUUGGUGGUUGUCAUCGAUAUACUGCCCAUCAAAGACUAAAUAAAAAGUCCAUUAAAGCCAAAAUAAUUCAAUCAACAUUAACAGAUUUACAAUGUUAUUUGGGGAGUUCUACUCCAAAUUUAAAGUAACUUGAAAAUGCAUUUUAUCUAUACAUUUAUAUAAUGAGGAUUAUAUAUAUAUAUAUUU